AUGGGGACGGCGGGGUACGAGUACGACGACGACGACGACGAUGGCUACGGUGAGGACGACGACUACACGUUCGACGACACCUGCGACUACGACGACGAUGUCCAAACCACGGAAGUAAACGCCGCCGACGGCGCCGACGAGGAGGAGGAGCAGAGGUACGUCGUCCUCACCGAGGACGCCGUCCGCGCGCGGCAGGAGGCGGAGACGGCCAAGGUCGCCGAGAUCCUCUCCAUCCCGCGGGGCUUCGCGGCCGUCCUGCUGCGCCACUUCAAGUGGAGCGCCGGCCGUGGCCAGGAGGAGUGGUUCUCCGACGACGCCCGCGUCCGCGCCGCCAUCGGCCUUCCAGCCGACGGCGUGCCCGUGCCGACGGUUGUCAGCCGCGCCGAGCUGUCCUGCGCCAUCUGCUUCGUGGACCACCCCGCCGGGAAGACGAGGUCGGCGGGGUGCGCCCACUUCUACUGCGGCGAGUGCUGGCGCGCGUACAUCCGCGCGGCGGUGGACGACGGCGCGCGGUGCCUGGCGCUGCGGUGCCCGGACCCGUCCUGCCACGCCGCCGUCGUCCAGGAGCUCGUCGACGUGGCCGCCGACGCCAAGGACAGGGAGCGGUACGCGCGGUUCACGCUCCGGUCGUUCGUGGAGGAGGGCAGCAGCGGCGGCGGCGCCGGCGGUGGUGGGCGGAUCAAGUGGUGCCCGGGCGCCGGGUGCACGCGCGCCGUGGAGUUCCUCGGCGGCGCCGCCGCCGCCGCCGCGGACGUGUUCUGCGCGUGCAGGCAUGGCUUCUGCUGGAGCUGCGGCGAGGAGGCGCACCGGCCGGUGACGUGCGACACGGUGCGCGCGUGGCUGGACAAGAACGCGUCCUACACGGAGACGUCCAACUGGGUGCUUGCCAACACCAAGCACUGCCCGCGGUGCCGGCUGCCCAUCGAGAAGAACCAGGGGUGCAUGCACAUGACGUGCCCGCCGCCGUGCGGACACGAGUUCUGCUGGGUCUGCCUCGACUCCUGGGACAACCACACCGGCUGCGCAGGCUUCGACGGCGGCGGCAAUGGCGGCAGGCAGGAGGAAGGGGAAACGGCGACGGCGAGGCAGCAGAGCCGGAGCCAGGCGGCCAUGGACAUGGACAGGUACGUGUACCACUACGAGCGGUGGGCGGCCAACUACUCGUCGCUGGAGAACGUGUUCAAGGACAUGGCGCAUCUGGAGAGCUCGGAGAUCGAGAGGAUCGCGGCCGUGUCCGGGCAGCCGGCGGCGAGCUUCGCGUUCCUGAGCAAGGCGUACGAGGAGAUCGCGCAUGGCCGGCGGGUGCUCAAGUGGGCGAACGCGUACGGCUACUACCUGGACCCGGUGCGCGACGCCGCCAAGCGCGGCCUGUUCGAGGACCUGCUGGACCAGGCCAACUCGCAGCUGGAGCGACUGCACGCCGCCGCCGAGCUGGAGAGGAGGGAGCUCUUCUGCUCCGACGCCGAGCCCGCCGUCGUCAGAGACCUGCUCAAGUACUACAAGGACAGGGUCGAGAGCUACACGACGGCGACGAGGACCUUCUUGAGGAACCUCGUCAAAGCGUUCGAGACCACGGACCUGCCGGAGUUCAAGUCACUCAAGUAG